GACAGUGAAGUCAGAGUUCACACAGGAGUUCUGAGGAAAAAAUUAGCAAUGGAUAUACCCAUUUUUGUUAUGGAUGCAUUUACCAAUAUACCUUUCAAGGGUAAUCCAGCAGCUGUGUGUUUGCUGCAAAAAGCAUUGCCAGAGGAGUUUUACCAAAAAAUUGCAACCGAGAUGAACUUGUCUGAAACAGCCUUUGUCAUUUGUCAAAAUGCAGCUGAUAGUUUCAGCACAGCAUCCCGUUUUAAUUUACGUUGGUUCACCCCCACUAAUGAAGUGAAACUAUGUGGACAUGCCACACUUGCUUCAGCAGCUACUCUAUUUUUCCACAAAAAAAAUACCAACCAGCAGGUUGUGUUUGAUACUCUGAGUGGUGAGCUGUGCAACCGCAUACGUGGGGACAGCAUUGUGAUGGACUUCCCCCUAUACACAACCAUUUCCCAGGAUCCACAUGAGAUUGCAGACUUAAUUAAAGUUGUUGUGGGAGACUUGCCCUUAGGAGAUGUACGAUACAGUGAGGACACAAAAAAAUUGUUGUUGCGUCUUGCCGACACGUGUGACACGUCAGCACUGACAUCGCUGAGGCCAGACCCAGAGAAGAUGGUGACGAGUGAGCACACUGGCAAGGUAAAGGGUGUGAUUGUCACUAUGAGGGGCGCCCCUGAAUCCCAGCCAGGAUACGACUUCUUCUCCAGGUAUUUCGCACCCUGGAAUGGGAUUCCUGAGGAUCCAGUCACUGGAUCAGCACACUCUGUCCUUGCGAAAUAUUGGUCAGAGAAACUGGGGAAGCAGAGAUUGUUAGCCUACCAGAGCUCCAUGCGUGGAGGAGAGCUGGAGCUGGAGAUCAAGGGCCAGAGGCUGGACAUUGCAGGACGCGGUGUGUUUGUCCUUCAGGGAACAAUAUCCAUCUAGAUUUAGAUUAGGGGUAGGCAAACAGCGGCCUGCCAAGCAUUUAAUUAGGUUAUCAGGCUGCUCGCUAUUUUUUUCCUGCGAUAGAGACGACGUUAGUUAGCUUUACUGCAAAUUGCUUUUCACUCUUCUUACAGAACGUCAAUGUCAAAACAUCAUGUUACAUUGCAGAAGGCCCACUGGCCAAUUUUCAAAACCCAAUGUGGCCCUUGAGCCAAAAAGUUUGCCCACCCCUGAUCUAGACCCAUCAUUGGAGGCUGAAAAAAAAGCAAGGCCGUAUGCAUGGAGUCAACAUUGGGGGGGGGGGGGGGGGGGGGCAAAUGUGCAUGGUGGGUGAAAUCACCCACCCAUUCUUAGCAUUUCUUUUUAAAUAUAUCCCCUUCAAAGUAUAUUAUGAUUAUGGCGUUGUGAAAAAGCCUUUGAUAGGGUUGAAUGGUCCUGUUUAUUCGAACUACUAACUAAAUUUGGUUUUGGGGAACAAUUCUGCAAGUGGGCCCAGCUACACCAUGACUCUGUAGUGGAGGUGCUGAUGAAUAACAUGGUGUCCAACCCAUUCAACAUUGCCAAGGUUGUCGACAGGGCUCACCUCUCUCGCUCUCCUCUUUGCAAUCUCCAUAUAACCCCUUGCAAUAGUUAGAAGACAUAUAGGCAUAACUGGUAUUACUGUUGGUCAAGUCGAAUAUAAAAUUGUUAUUUGCAGAUGUCUUUAUUCAAAAAACGAAAACAUCUCAAUACCCUAUUAGAGCUCAUCAUAAGGUUUGUGAAGGAUUCAUGGAACAACUUUUAAUGCAACUGAUUGUUUUACAUAUCUGGGCGUAAAGACUGUACCAAGGCUUGAGGAAAUUGUUUCAGUAAAUUAUGACCCUGUUUUUGCAUUUCAAAGUAUUUCUAAUUCUAUUGAAAGACAUCUUUACCCAUAUUCUUAAUUGUCUGCAUAGAUAUUUUGAAGAUUUUACCCAAACUUGUAUACCCAUUCCAGAAUAUCCCUUCGCCUCCUCCUAAACAUUCUUAUUUUUCAGCAUUACACUAUUCACUAAUUUCAUCUAGAACAACACUAUGUUUAACAUUUAACAUCUCUAGAAUAUGAAAAAAGAUUACCUUCCUUUAAUUGUAAACUGUGUUUGUAUGUGUAAAUGUUAUUAUUAGUGACCUGUUCUGUAAUGAUUUCAGCUGUUGUUUCAGUGCCCGUUAUAAUGUAAUUAUAAAUCUAAUAAAUGCGAAAG